AUGUAUUCUCUACGAGAUAAAGUUACACAAAAAUCGUACAAACUUCCUAGUCGAUUGGAACCAUCCAGCUCGGAUCAAACUACCGGUCGUCAACUGCAAAGAGUUCUCCAUUAUUCAAUAGCACCAUACAGAAGUCUUCCUGGACUGCGGGGAACAGAAUGCGCCGCAUAUGAUGUUGACUGUGAUGAGGUGUACCCCGGUAUUUACAUUGGUGAUGUGGCUGCGGCAAAAAACAAAUCUUUUCUUCGAAUGAUGGGAAUUACUCAUGUUCUAAAUGCCGCCGAAGGCUGUCGCUACGGGCAGGUGGACACUGGACACAGUUACUAUCGUGAUAUGCCAAGUAUAAGGUAUAUGGGCUUUCCAAUGGUUGAUGCUCCUACCACUGAUAUAUCUCGAUACUUUUAUGUUGCUGCGAAGUUCAUAGACAGUGCCAUCAGUAGUGGAGGGAAGAUUCUUGUUCAUUGUUUGGUGGGCAUGUCAAGGUCAGCCACGUGUGUAUUGGCUUAUUUGAUGAUCUGCCGCAAAAUGUCUGCAUCGGAUGCGAUAAGAAAAGUGCGUAUGAGACGCGAAAUUCGACCAAAUGAAGGAUUUUUACAACAACUUGCCGAUUUAGAUAUGGAGCUAAAACGAAAAAAUCUCUAUCCUUACUAAUAUUUUUUGAAAUUGUAGCCAAUAUUACCUUUGCAACAUACAAUGAACUUUGGAAUUUAUGUGCAUUAAGGCGAAUAAUUAUUUGAGAAGUUCACAGUACGUUCUAAAAUGGGUUUAAAAAUGGUUUCGUCAACAUUUUGGAGCUUUUUCUAGCCGUAUUGUUGUUUCACAUGCAAAAUUGUAAAACGACGCCGUCUACACUCGAAGGGUAUGUUUUUAAUUAUCUACUUUUUGUAAUCUCACAUCUGGGAUGCAUUAAGGCAACAUCAACCAGAUUUUUUCAUUUAUUGGGGCGUUUUAUACAUUAGAUUUUUUUUUUUAACAAAAUGGCUGAUAAAACCAAACAAAUUAAGGUAAAAGAAAAAUUACAAAUAUUUGUAAAACAAUUACAAUUUUGAUGUAAUGUCAACCCUGUGUUGUGUAUUAUCGUGUCUGUGGCCAUGGGGUUUCUAAAUAUCCCGAAUUCGCAUUUGUUGGUAACCGUAUUUAUUUUAAUUGUUAUGUCCAAUUAGUUUAUUUUUCCUUCGUUUUCCUUAUCCAUAUUGAAAUUAAUAUUCGUGUGUUGGUCGCUGAGAUAGCCUAGAAUUUGUUCAUCCUUGUCUCCCCUUACAAGACGUAUGCUGUAAUCGACGUAUCUUGCGUAUAGCUUUACUCCAAGGUUUGUUGUCAGCUCCGUAAUAUAAUUGCCGAGUGGAGCAAAGAAGAAAGGUCUUGAAACACCAGUAAACUUUUGCAAUGACAGGCGGAAAAGACUGCUCAAAGUUUGAUGCUUAAAAGGUUACAAAAAAUCUUGACGUUAAAAUUUUGUAACUCGUUUUGGAACGAACUGUGAGUUAACACCUUAAUUGCACCAACACAAGAAAACUAAUACAUUUACAUUAUACUUAUGUAAUAAUUGUACAUUCUUACAUGAGAGUAUACAUAGUCUGUACAUAUGUACAUACAUUCAUAUAUUGUACAUAUAGAAAUUACAUACAUACUAAUUAACAAUAACGAAAUGAACAUGCAUACGCAUCUUUUGAAAAACAUUAAAACGUACCUACACUACAAAUUCGACAAUAAAACUUAUAAAUACACUCGAUUAUGUUUUCAAAACAGCAUUCUA